AUGAAUAUCUCCAUUAUUGUUUUUCUUUUCUUUCUGCAAUUUGCAAACACUGAAGAUUACCAAAGAACUGUUCCAGAAAACUGCAAAAACCGAAGCUGUCAACCUUGGGACCCACUUCCAGAAUUCAGUUUUGGAGAGGAAGGAUAUAUUGAAUACUCGACUUCUUGUGAUUCUUCUCGUAUUCAAUGCAACACAAACUCUUCUCUCAACUGCAAUUCAGUCCAGAUCUAUGGAAAAUUAGAAAACGAUUCACUUAUAGCUUUGGGUGUUGAUGGACUGAACAACUUUACUGUAAACUUGGAAUGUGUUGAUUCAAAAUGGAAAUUUGAAAAAAACAUAAUUCUUAAAGUUAAUUGCCGUUUCGAUUGUCGCGACAAAUUGGCUACAGAGAGCACAUUCGUUGAUAUCAAUUUAAUUCCAUCUCGUCAGUUGGUUAUUCCAGUAAUGUAUCUCGAAAAAAGCGCCAAUAACACAGAAGAUGGAGAAACAGUCCAAGAAUCUCAUCAUUGCAAAGCCGGAAAUCCAGUUUAA